GGAGCGAGUCGUCGCGCGUCAGCGGAAGAGCGAGUUGGGCCGGGCCGCGCUGGGCCGGGCCGCGCGGGCCGUUGUGUCGCAGCAUGGGCGCCAGCGCGUGCUGAGCGCCGCUGUGCAGGGGGACCGCAUCGUUACUGACAGAUGGUUCUCAUCAAAGAAUGGCUUCUUUGUGUUGUUGGAAAAGACCAAAAAGGUUGAAUUCGAGAAGUCAUGCUGGUGGCAGACAUCUCCAUCUCAGAACUUAGUAUGUGAAAAUAAUAAAUGAAGAAAGCAUUAAUAUUGCAGAGAGGCUGUUAUAUUAAUGGGACUUCUGCUCAACCCCAUGGAGAUAAUGUACUGGCUUCCAGCAGAUGCUUUAAAGAAAAUGAGUGGAGGGUUGGCACCAAGCAAAAGCACAGUGUAUGUGUCCAAUUUACCCUUUGCUUUGACAAACAACGAUCUAUAUAGGAUUUUUUCCAAGUAUGGAAAAGUUGUCAAGUUCGGGGUACUUGACCUGUUUUAGUUGAUUGCUGAACAACUGACUUAGAAAAAACCUGUUGUAGUAACAUUGGUGUUUAAUAACUAUUGAUGAACCUAUUCUUCAUAAAUUUGUCACUUCUGACCUCCCUGCUAUCCUUUGAGUUACUAUUAUGAAAGACAAAGACACCAGGAAGAGCAAAGGAGUUGCAUUUAUUUUGUUUUUGGAUAAAGAAUCUGCACAAAACUGUUCCCGGGCACUCAAUAACAAACAGCUGUUUGGAAGAGUAAUAAAAGCGAGUAUUGCCAUUGAUAAUGGAAGAGCAGCAGAAUUCAUUCGCAGGCGGAACUACUUUGAUAAGUCAAAAUGUUAUGAAUGUGGGGAAGCAGGACACUUAAGUUAUGCUUGUCCUAAAAAUAUGCUGGGAGAGCGGGAGCCACCAAAGAAAAAAGAAAAGAAGAAGAGGAAGAAAGUUGUUGAACCAGAAGAAAUUGAGGAAGAAGAAGAAAGUGAAGAGGAAGGAGAAGAUCCUGCUCUAGACAGCCUCAGCCAGGCCAUAGCUGUACAGCAAGCCAAAAUUGAGGAAGAGCAACAAAGGUGGACACAGACUGCAGGGGAAUCUUCAGUUUCAGAUGACUCAAAACGUCCACGGAUUAAGAAAAGUGCUUAUUUCAGUGAUGAAGAAGAACUGAGUGAUUGAAGUAAUAGUGUUUUAUAUGUGUAUGUAUAAUAUAUAUUGUGUACAUUUUGUAAAGUGGUACAAAGUUUUCUGUUAUACAGGUUUGUCUUGGUGUUGAAGACAUGGAAAAUCAUGUUUCAGUUCUAACCCCUCCCCUUGAACGUCUUCUUUUUUGAUCUCUCUCCAUCUCUCUCCAUGUCUCCUCCACAACCCCCCUCUCUUGCCUUAAAGGCAGCUUUUUACAAAACUGGUGUGUUUCUAUACUUAAAUCCAGAUAAAUACCUGUGAGAAUACUUCUUGCAGGUAGUAUCUUGACUGAACCCUGGGAGUAAAAUCUUUCAUUAAAGGAGUUUUCCUAAGAGGGCUUCCUCUUAGCAUCGCUGUUAACACCUCAGAUGCUUUAUUAGUCUGUUUAUUGCCUGUUUGGAAGCAGUGCUUUAGUAGUACUUCAUUGUUACAUGAUUGUUGCACUAGCUUCUCUGCAUGGGGUUGUAUUUCAGCUUCAACCAUUUGUACUAGUCUUUUAACACUUCAUGCAGUAAUAUAAUAAAUUAUUGUUAUAUAA